UGUCAGUGAGUUGGACAGGAAACUGCAGUGAAGUUAGGUGGUCCAUAUUACAUCCAGUUUUUACUACAGUCACUAAUUAUUAUUCUCAACAGCAACACUGGCACAGUAACUGAUGUGUUAGCAUUUGACAGGCUGAUGUAAGUUAACUUUAGUGUGUAAGUGUUGCUUUAUGUUAGCAUACAUCAUACUCCCCACUUAGCCGACAAGCUCGUAGUCAGGACCAAUGGAGACGACAGAAGUUUGUGAGAUUGAUGUGGCGACCAGAAGAAUAGUGGGAGGCAGCGACUCUCCACCUGAACUGGACAGCCCAUGUCAGGAGGAGGUUGCGGAGUUUGGUUUGGGGUUGUGCUGCGCUGAUGAGGAGAGGGGAGAAACUCCAGGCAGAGAGGACAGUCCCAGCGACCUGGUGGAGGCUGAGCUCGACCCUGGAGGAGAUCUCAAGGCCGGAGAGGACAAGGCUUUUGGAAAGGAGGUCGUUCUGUUGAUGCAGGCUCUGAACUCUCUCGCCACUCCUGAGGAGAAACUAGCUGCUCUGUGCAAGAAAUAUGCAGACCUGUUGGAGGAGAGCCGCUGCAUGCAGAAGCGUCUGAAAGCCCUGCAGAAGAAGCAAUCUCAGAUAGUGAAGGAGAAGAUCCACCUGCAGGGAGAACACAGCAAGGCCAUCCUGGCCCGCAGCAAGCUGGAGAGUCUCUGUCGGGAGCUGCAGAGACACAACAAGACACUGAAGGAGGAAAACGCCCAGCGGUCCAGGGAGUACGAGGAGCAGCGGAAGGAGGCCAUGCUGCACUUCCAGAUGACCUUGAGCGAUAUCGAGGUGCAGAUGGAGCAGCACAGCUCCCACAACACCAAGCUGAGGCAGGAGAACAUGGAGCUGGCCGAGAAGCUGAAAAAGCUCAUCGAGCAGUACGAGCUGCGAGAGGAGCACAUAGACAAGGUGUUCAAGCACAAGGAGCUGCAGCAGCAGCUGAUGGACGCGAAGCUGCAGAGAAUCACCGAGAUGAUGAAAGAAGUCGAGGAGAAGCAGCAAAGAGAGAGAGACUUUCUGCUGAAGGACGCCACGGAGUCCAGACACAAGUGUGAGCUGAUGAAGGAGCAAGAAACACAGCUCAAACAACAGCUCUCCCUGUACAUGGACAAGUUUGAGGAGUUUCAGAGCACUCUGGCUAAAAGCAACGAGGUCUUCACCACUUUCAGACAAGAGAUGGAGAAGAUGACCAAGAAGAUCAAGAAGCUGGAGAAGGAGACGACACAGUGGAGGACCAAAUGGGAGAGUAACAACCAGGCUCUGCUGCAGAUGGCCGAGGAGAAAACUCUUCGUGACGGCCACUUCAAGGCUCUGCAGGGGAAGCUGGAGCUGCUGGAGAGGCUGUGCAGAGCCCUGCAGAAGGAGAGGAACGACCUCAACAACCAGCUCAGCCUCCUCCAGGAGCAGGGAGACAAAGGGACCACAGCGCCUCCUGAAGCCCAGCCAAGGGAGCCCUCCAACGGGGAGGAAGACGAGGACGAGGUGGAGGAGGAGGAGGAGGAAGACGAGGAGGAAGACGAGGAGGGCUUGGCGCAGGGUGACGAGCUGGAGACGGAGGGCGUCCACCAAGCUCCCAGACCACCUGAACUGGACCCCACGACGGCUGCUACUGACAAAACCACUACUACGACGACGACGACCAGCCAGCCUGCAGAAGCACCGCCCUCACAGCAGGACUGAACGAGCCUACACCGCCCGAGUGUGUAGGUGAGACGGGUGUGAUCGGAGGGCUCCACACACCUCCAGCCUAGUUCCAUAACUAGCCAGAGAAACCAUCUGCAAUGGGGAUAGAGAUUUCUUUUCUUUUUUUAAUCCUAGACUUGCCUCUCCAGGUUUCUGAACAGAAACUGAACCCAUAUCAUUUUUUUUGUGCGAUAGUUAAAGAAGAAUAAAAUGAUUGUAUCGAGGAUUCUAUUCUAAAACUUUGCCCACGUUUUACAUUGGUUGUAAUAAUUGGCUUUGUGGCGAGCACUUGGUACUCCCUGUUUUUUACCAUAACUGUAUUUUCAUAGGAAAGUCUCGUGCAAAUUGAAGCUAGUCAAAGUCAAAUUGGCCUUUUAUUUCUCUCUUCACAUGGUCUCUCCCUGUAGUGUCACAUGUCUCACUGGAAAUUCUAGUUUGAUUAAAUUGAAAAGUGGGUUUAUCACGUGCAUAUUGUCGCAGGUCACUUUGUAUUAACGUAGCCUUACUGUCGGCAUGUGAUCUGGAAAACUGGAGGAGGAAAUGGGACAGUGUAGAGUCAGAGUUGGGCUUAUUUGACAUCCGUCUUGGCCACAGGGUAUUAAAUAUAUUUUUUGAUCACGUUUUAAUUUUCUUGAUUAGAGCAGAAAGUGUCGCAGCAAAAUGAACCUUGUGCAAUAGGUGGUGCUGGUUUAAAGCUCUGAAAUAUUGACAACUUGUGGGACAGUUGGUGAGCAACUUCGGCUGUCGAGCUCAACUACAACAUGCUAACUAGCUGGCAACAUGCUCGCUAAUUGCCAGUUAGUAUGCUAGCAAGUAGGGCUGUCACUUUAUCUGAAAAAAUACAAUAAUAGAUUUCUAAUAAUCAGUUUGAAUUCAAAAUUUUGAAGCGUGUUAUCCCAGCAGGCCACGUUUAGCACUCUGACCCAGACAUGACCUGUUGGUAAAGUGUGGAGGCAAAUUUGAGUAUUUGCAUUCAACACCAGAGACAGAAAACUUGUGGUCAAAAGCUAAACAUCACCAUAGCUACAAUGAAACACAGCCCUUGAUUCAAGGAGGCGCCGCACAUGAAAAACAUACAGUAAUAACUUGAUCAUGACUUUUGGAAAUUGUGACAGCGCCAUUAGCUCGUUUGGUUGCCAACUCAUGUCUGUGCUAACCAGAGAAAAGGCUAAUGGUAAAAUUACUUGAAUGAUCGGCACCGUUUGGCCCGCAGAGCAGGCUGGUCGAGCUGCCUACUUCUGGUCCAGCGCUUUGUUAACUUGAAUGUGGAUAAAAUUAUUUAAUCAUGCGGCUCAUCUAGACUUUCCAAAUGUUAUUGGACCAAAUGGACGCUCCAAAAAAAAUGUAUCCACUGAUGUACAGAUGUCUCUUUCGCCAUGUAAGUCUAUGGGAAAAGUCUUUUUGUGCCCCUUCCUGAGAGCCUGUGCUAACCAGACAAAAAGUUAGCAGUUUACUUGAGAUAUAUUUAUAGCAUUAACUCACGCAAACCACAUCUCCUCUGAAGCGUUUUAUUGUCUGGAAGGUUCCUCUGUUUGGACUGUGGUUCUCUAAGUCGAACUCUAAAACAAUUGGCUUUUAUAAAUGCUCACCUGACUGGGCUUGGUGUCAAAUCAAGCCUCAGAAAUAGCCACCUUUAAGGUAAAUUAUAGCUUCAACAGUUGACCACAAGAUAAUGAGUCCACCUUUGCAAAAUUCAGAUUUUACAGGUGGUGUUGAGGCCACUGUGGUGAUGAGAAAGCUGAAAUAUUUUGAGAAUAAAAUUGUAAUUUUGAAGAGAAAAAAGUCAUAUUUCAAGAAGUGUAACUUUGCAAAAAAAAGUUAUAUUUUGAUCAACGAAUGUGGAAGACUGAUUAAAUCAGAGGACAUGUUCUUGCAAUAUUAUGACUUCAAAUUGUCUCCCUGCACUCGAGGGAUUUUCAGGAAACGAUUCAACAUGUUCUGGAUUCAAUGCAGAACAAAACCCAGUGCGACGUCCAUUAGAUCUAAUCUGCAAGUCAACAUUUAAUCAUGAGUUUAACAGGUCUGUACUAGCUAAUGUUGUUGAGCGUCCUCUGUAAUAAAACAUGACUUGAUGAACCCUUUCAGCCCGCCCUUUAACACGAGUUGCUCCUCCUCAGCUGUAACUCACACUUGAGGGGUGUAUGCUGCCCCCAGUGGUCAAUUUGUGCGUCACUUUGAACAGGACUCUGUGGUAGGUGUUGUUAAAGCUCACCUCUGUUACUGCAGGUGUCACCAAUUUGACCAGGACUGAAAUCGUAAGCAUUAGAAGUUGGGUUUGAUAAUUUAAUCUCCCAUUUAACCUUUUUUUGUUUGUGUCCCUGUGAGGAAACAUAACGAGGGAUAAUACGGGAACUAGAAAAACAUGAAAGCUCAGCGAUUGUCUGCGUGCAAAAUGUGUUACUUGAUUUUAAUCUGCAUUUCAGUUAUCCACUUUUUAAUGAACCGUAUCAUUUGAUUUCCGUACAGUCAGCUCAACAGCGUGUACAGACAAGAGCCGAGUCAGGAGUUCUGACACACAGUUCGUCCACUGGCAAAUUAUGUUCUGUAAAUUAUGUUAGAGAACAUCAGAAUAAUGAGCCUCGACGUCUUUGACACUUUAUACUGGAAGAAGAUUGAAUGUGAUUUUUCUUUUCUAAUGCAUUUAAAUAAAAAGAUUUGAUUUCCAUCAGCGAUGCAUAUCAACAGGAGCUGCAGCUGUUACUGUACACGAGGAAACUCGUCAGUGUGUGUAGACACCUGAAACAGUGAAUGUAGGGAAUCAGUUGUCGGCAGUGUCAAACUGAGCUGUGGAUCUUGAAACUGGCAGCGUUAAGAAUAGAAGCCCCUCAAAUAGAAAUUAAGGUACACAUUUGCACCCCGUGCGUAUUUUACCUUUUGUCACUACAGUUUUGUUUUUUAAUUUGGGGCACUUCUGUCAUCCCCAAAUGACUUUUGUGUAACGAUUAACCACCCCAUUACGUUGAAUUCAUGAACAAAACGUUUCUCUCACAUGCCUCUCGUGAGGGAAGAAUCCAAAAACAGAAAAUUAUCUCGUUAUAAACUGCAAAACUAUUUUGAAACAUUUGUUAACAAACUCUCACACAACUCGUGCAGUAUAAUCCAAGUCCCAUUUAUCCAGUCGUAUGCUCAGUAUCUCCCAAGCAGACUGCGGUUUCCAACAGGGAACUGAAACAUAUUUAUGUUCUCUUCAAAGCCAGACUCCAUUGACAAAUAUAUAAUUUUACCUUGCUGAACACAGGAGCUGCUGGUGUAUUGUCAUUUGGCACCACAGCUGCAUGAAGGGGCGAAGCUGUCCUCCACAUUCUGUGUGCGGUCCUAAUCCUCCUCCUCUUCAUCAUCAUCCACCUGAAUAUUACUAUCUGACCUGUUGAAAGUAGCUGUCUGAGUUACAAAAUGAUCCUGUGCGUCCCGUUCCUCUGUUGUGGUGCAGCUGUGUCCCACCGCCACAUUUUCUUCACUGAUUCUUGGUCGAAAGUCUCCAAAGGCUCUGACGGAGGUGAAAAACUCAGUGUGCAAACAUGAUUAACACAACGUCAGAUUUGUUUCUGGAUGUGCAACAAUUUUAGACCAAAAAAAAAAAAAAAACAGACUCAGUGCGCAAAGACCUUUGAAUUAUCUCAGUUUUUGGAUUCUUGAGGCAGAAGUUUUCUUUAUGAAUUCCCCCGUAUAACACAGGGUGAGUAACUCAUAUACAAAUGGUCAUUUUGGGGGUGAAGUAUUACUUUAACCCUGCUUGCUCCACUACCUAAGCAACAGCUGAUACUGCAGCUACUGUUCCACAACAGAUCCGAAAUCUUGAAUACAGGAGUUAAUUCUCGGUGCAGAGUGAUCUGCUCACCCCGUUAUUGCUUCAUCUGCAUCUGUAGUUUGAAUCCCUUAUUUGUGGGUACAAGGCUGAUUCAUGGUGUGCACCUUUUUUGCCGACUAUUCUCUUUGAGAUCUUGUACGCAGCGGGAAAGAAAAUUGCUUGACUUAAAGUGUAGUGGUGAAGAACCAGAUUCCCUCAGCACUGUUGAAUUUGUUGUUCCGGCCAUUCUUUCCUCAAGUGGCUCCUUUUUAACUCAGUAUAUUGUAAAGACGGUGAGAAUCACAGGGGUGAUACAACACAUAAUUUUCCUUUACAAAUGUAACAGUGCGACUUGAAGUAACGUCCUCGAAGACGUCGCCUUGCAGUCUGAUUGAUUCUAUCUGUGAUGUCUCCUGGUCUUUUCCACGUUUCUCCUCCUCGUGGAUCUAUCUUCACAUUUAAAUACUAAACUGAUGUAAACACGUACAGGGUCAGGUGGUGUGUGCAUAACUUUCUUUCGGGUGGAGGACAGGUGUAGUCCAAGGGAGCCGAGGGAAGACUUUUCAGCAUCUGUUUCCUCUUUCUUUGGCGUUGCCCCAGAUUGACUCUCAGGUAAUGUCAGAAUCUACCUCUGCAGGUGAGACUAACUGUGAAAGAAGAGGCAUGAGUCACCAUAGCUUCGGAGAGCUCUAUUUUUACUAAAUAAAGAAAAAAAAAGAUGAGCCCACACCCCCUCUUUGAUUGUACAAUGUUCUUAUAGUCCUGUCUUGCUUUUCAAUAAACAUUUUGUAGAAUUUGCAAAAGC